AGUUCGUGCUCCUAGUUUAUCCCACGAUGAAUUUGAUCUAUCUUCUACUCCUCGUUAUCGCAAAAGUCGAGGCUGAGGUUAUUCAGGCACAACCUGGUAAAAGUAGGCCGCAGCGCAUACUUGCUGGCCCUUCCCACUUCUCCUUCCCUCCGAACUGUUCGAAGGAUGCCAAGCCGAAGGACAUGCCCUUCUGUGCUACUGGAGAACUCGAUCUCGGACUAAAAUGGGUCGUCAAUUUCGAUACUUACUUCUUCGAUGCGUUCGAUCCCACCAAAACUGUUCUAUUCGGGCUUAAUGCUACCAUUAAUAAAGGCAUCCCGGAAUCCCUCGAACUUCGAACUGGUGGUUGUGCGGUUCCUUACGUGGUUGAUCUGUUGCCGCAGCUCAAACCACAUCUAGUGGAAGCCGGUGCUAAGAUCUGCACAUCAGGAGGCGGUCCAGGGAAGUAUGACCCGAAGACUAAGAGCUACUCAGCUGAGUUCAAGAUUUCUGGUGAAGUUGCAAUCUACUCGUUCGGUAAAAGAACCCCCUGGCCCGGACUACCUUUCAAUGCUGUGGGUAAGGCGUGGCUCAACCCUCAUUUCGACAUUGGUUUCGAUGCGACCGUGAUAUACUCUAGCAAAGGCUCGACGGAGUAUAAGAUAACCUUAGCAUUUCCUAAUACGAUGACUACUGUGAACGGUUCCAUCUUAACGUGGCAUAUCCUCGAGAGGAUGAGCUUCGAUAUGUGGACGGCCAAGUAUGGCCAUCGCUACACCAAUAGAACUUUCGUAGACAAGAUCAUCCAAUUGCAGCCUCCACAAUAGCACUCGUGGUGUGAAAGUGACCUUCGGAAAGUAUCUGUCCCAGCCACUAUUGCUACACCCUUUAUUCCAUACCGAACUUUACUUCCCUCCAUCGAGUUCGUUCACCAGGCUUAGUUAUAGCGCGCUCAAUAGUUGUAUGAGCAUAUUUGGUCGCAUGGAUUCUUUGUUAUUGAAUUUAU